AUGCGGAGGAACCAGAGCGAAAUCACAGAGUUUAUUCUUUUGGGAUUUGGAGAGCUCCAUCACCUGCGGAUCUUCCUAUUCAUUGUUUUUCUGGUGAUAUACAUUUUGGCUAUGGCUACCAACAUCCUCACCAUUCUUCUGAUAGUGACUGAUCAUCAAUUGCACACCCCUAUGUACUUCUUCCUUGGAAAUUUGUCCUGCCUGGAGACUUUCUACAGCUCAACCAUCCUGCCCAGGUUUCUGGCCAGCCUCCUAACAGGAGACAUAACUAUAUCUGUACAAGGAUGUAUUACACAAUUGUACUUCUUUGCUUUCCUGAUUGGCACAGAAUGCUGUCUCCUCUCUGUGAUGUCAUAUGAUAGAUAUUUAGCUAUAUGCAAGCCUCUACAUUAUGCAGGUGUUAUGAAUGGAAGGCUCUGUAUUCAGUUAUCUGUUGGUUCCUGGUUUAACAGCAUUGUGUUUGCCUCUGUCUUUUUGGGUAUGAUCUUAAAAAUACAGUUUUGUGGGCCUAAUGAAAUAGAUCAUUUCUAUUGUGAUUCUCUCCCAUUAGUAAAGCUCUCCUGCAGUCACCUCAGCCUUGUGAAACAUGUUACUAUAAUAGUCUCUUUUAUAUUCACUUUCCCCCCUUUUCUUUUGACUCUGACAUCUUAUGUGUAUAUUAUUGCUACCAUCCUGAGAAUCCCAUCAACCACUGGGAGGCAAAAAGCCUUUUCUACCUGUUCUUCUCACCUGAUAGUUGUCUGUAUUUUCUAUGGGGCAUUAAUCAUUGUAUAUCUCAUACCCAAAACUGAAGCCAUGAGAGAUCUCAAUAAGAUCUUUUCUGUACUUUACACAGUCCUUCCCCCCAUAGCCAAUCCCCUUAUAUAUAGUCUGAAAAACAAGGAUGUAAAGGAAGCACUGAAAAAGGCUGCCAGAAAAGUUUUGGAAUGGCAAUUUUUAAAUCAGAGAUUCAAGGUUUGGCAGUCUCUUACCUUUUACAAAUAA